AUGCCAGCAGAGGGCAUGCAGGACCCAGAUCCUGUGCUUUCCUACGGGAUGAAACUCACAUGGGACAUCAAUGACCCGCAGAUGCCUCAGGAACCAGCUCACUUCGACCACUUCCGGGAAUGGCCUGAUGGCUACGUGCGCUUCAUCUACAGCAGUCAGGAGAAGAAAGCUCAGCGCCACCUGAGCGGCUGGGCCAUGCGCAAUACCAACAACCACAAUGGCCACAUCCUCAAAAAGUCUUGCCUGGGCGUGGUGGUGUGCGCACGCGCCUGCGCCCUGAAGGAUGGCUCGCACCUGCAGCUGAGGCCAGCCAUCUGCGACAAGGCUCGUCUGAAGCAACAAAAGAAAGCUUGCCCCAACUGUCAUUCAGCUUUGGAGCUGGUCCCUUGCCGAGGACACAGUGGAUACCCUGUCACCAACUUCUGGAGACUUGAUGGCAAUGCAAUAUUUUUUCAGGCCAAAGGAGUUCAUGAUCACCCCAGACCAGAGAGCAAGUCAGAGACAGAAGGCAGAAGAAGUGCCCUCAAGAGACAGAUGGCCUCUUUCUACCAACCCCAGAAAAGGAGACCAGAGGAGCCUGAGGCAGGAAGCACUCAGGACACCAGGGGACACCCCAAUAGCACGCCUGUCCCGGAACCCUCAGAACUGUUUGCUAUGCCUGCUGACACCAGCUUCCCUAUUUCAGGGCAUUCUUCCCCUUCCUUUCCAAACUCUGAUGUCCACAGAGUUACCUGUGACCUGCCCACCUUUCCAGGAGAUGUAAUACUGCCCUUUCAGAAAUAUUCAAAUCCAAGCAUUUAUUUCCCUGGGCCACCUUGGAGCUAUGAAUUGGCAAGUUCUGGGGUUACGGGUUCAAGUCCAUAUCCCACCUUGUAUAAAGACCCCUCCAUUGUCCCUGAUGACCCUGACUGGAUCCAUCUAAACUCACUACAAUAUAAUGUGAGUUCAUAUGGCAGCUAUGAGAGAAGCUUGGAUCUCACAGCUAGAUAUCAUGGCUGGAAACCUACACAUGGGAAAGCCGGCCUUGAGGAGAAGGUUGACUGUAGGCCAUGCCAGGCUGUGCCCACAUCACCUUAUUACAACCUAGAGCUGCCCUGCAGGUACCUGCCAAUGGCCCCGGCAGGUACCCAGGCCCUGCAGACAGUGAUCACCACCACAGUGGCUUAUCAGGCUUACCAGCACCCUGCUCUGAAACACGGCGACAGCGUGCAGGAGGUUAGCAGCCUUGCCAGCUGCACCUACGCUUCUGAAAACCUCCCAAUGCCCAUCUAUCCGCAAGCCUUAGACCCUCAAGAGGGAGCCAACCAGGCAGCCUCCCCUUCAGGGAGAACCCCUGGGAUAGUCCCUGGAGAUUGCCAGGCAGCCAGACCUACUCUGGCUUUCCCUCAGGAAACAGAUCCCUCCAGGACAGCUGGAGCAGAUGUGUGGGAUGUGUGUCUGUCUGGGGUGGGCUCUGUGAUGGCUUAUUUGGAUAGGACAGGGCAACCCUUUAACCUCGACAAUGAGGACUUUUAG